ACAUCGACCACCAAACCGCGUCCCAACCGAAAUUCCCCAAUCCCCCACCCAGAGAACGAGAUGGCGUCGGCGUCGGAGAUGCAGCCGCUAGCGCCGUCGGGGUACCGCCGGGCGCCGGAGAUGAAGGAGAAGGUGGAGGCGUCGUUCGUGGACCUGGAGGCGGGCAACGGGGAGACGCUCUACCCGGGGAUCUCGCGCGGCGAGAACGCCCUCCGCUGGGGCUUCAUCCGCAAGGUCUACGGCAUCCUCUGCGCGCAGCUGCUCCUCACCACCGUCGUCUCCGCCGUCACCGUCUUCCACCCCACCCUCAACGCCACGCUAUCCUCCAACCCGGUCCUCGCGCUCCUGCUUGCCGUCGUCCCCUUCAUCUUGAUGAUCCCAUUGUAUCACUACCAGCACAGGCACCCGCACAACUUGGUUUUCCUGGGCUUGUUCACUCUAUGCUUGAGCUUCAGCAUCGGCGUGGCAUGUGCAAACACUGAAGGAACAAUUGUGCUCCAGGCAUUGGUACUGACAUCAGCUGUGGUCGUCUCCCUGACUGCAUAUACAUUCUGGGCCUCAAAGAAGGGCAAGGAAUUUGGUUAUCUUGGACCAUUCUUGUUUUCUGCUCUUACUAUCCUUGUCAUAACAAGCUUUAUCCAGGUUUUCUUCCCAUUUGGACCUGCAUCGAAUGUCCUGAUCGGCGGGUUUGGAGCUCUAGUCUUCUCAGGCUUCAUCAUCUACGACACCGAGAACUUGAUCAAGCGCCACUCUUAUGACGAGUACAUCUGGGCGUCUGUUGAGCUUUACCUCGACAUCCUCAACCUGUUCCUCACCAUCCUACAGAUGCUCAAGCAAAAUGAUAACUAACUGGUCCCCAUCUGAAGCCCCAAGAGCUUGUGCCAUCUAGGGCAGGCCCCAUCCUUUAUCGAGUCUUUUGAACUGCAAUCUAUAUGUAACUCGUAAGACUUCCUAAUGCGUUUUGCCAUCAUCCAUUGUGAGGCUGGUGCUGAAGUGCAACAGAUGUAUAGGUGUUCCAGCGUGAGUUUCGGUGUCUUUUGCCAACAUAUGAACGACUGUGCCAUGGUGCCAAUAAUUGCUAUGUCUUGUCGUUUAUACUA